UACUCCUAUACCAAAUUUCUCUAAUCUCCAAGCACGACCCAGACAAAAAUAAAAAAAAAAGAGGUCUGACAUCAGCUUACUCACACAACCUCCUCUUCAUUACUACUAAUUAAUCAUACUUAACAUCUUGUAAUUUUUAUUGCCCCGCGACUUUCCCAUUUAUCACCUCAUUUUCUGAUGACAAAAGUUACAUCUUUGGAAACAACCAAGAGAAGAGCCAACGAGAUCGAGGACCUUCUGCAGCUUCUGCUUCUACCUUUUCCUUCUUGCUGGGGUGCUGCCACCUGCUACACUCUUUCUCUCCCAAAAAUCAAACCUUAAUUUCUGCGAUAUUUGUUGGAUCCAACUUCAAGAGCCGGCUACCCUUGUCCAAUUGGGUCUAAUCAUUUGAGUUCUUCGGUUAACGUGAAUUUUGGUCAGAGACCCAAUCAUCAGAGCCGGUUGGUGGUGGGUAAGUGAGAAAAAGGAGAAUAAAAAGAAAGUUUGUAGGUUGACCGGUAGAUAAGAGCAAAGGAGAAUGGAAACCCUAGAAGAAAAAUAAGGAACCCAUACAAGAAAAGCGAUCAAAAACCGAAACUUUCUCUGAGGGUAAAUGCCCUUUAGAUUUUUUUCCGUCAGAAAAAUCCUACAGCUGUUUUAAGGUUCCCAUGCCGGUUGACUUGGACAAUGUUUCCACAGCUUCAGGGGAAGCUAGCGUGUCUUCCUCUGGCAAUCAGACAGUGCCCCCAAAACCGACGACAAAGAAGAAGCGAAACCUUCCAGGAAUGCCAGAUCCGGAUGCUGAGGUGAUUGCUCUGUCUCCGAAGACCCUGAUGGCGACGAACCGGUUCGUGUGUGAAAUAUGCAACAAGGGGUUUCAGAGGGACCAGAACCUUCAGCUUCAUCGGAGGGGUCACAAUCUGCCUUGGAAGCUGAGGCAGAGGUCAAGCAAGGAGGUGAGGAAGAGGGUGUACGUGUGUCCCGAACCGACGUGCGUUCACCACGAUCCUUCUAGAGCUUUGGGUGAUCUCACGGGGAUUAAGAAGCACUUCUGCAGAAAACACGGCGAGAAGAAGUGGAAAUGCGACAAGUGCUCCAAGAAAUACGCGGUUCAAUCCGAUUGGAAGGCUCACUCCAAGAUUUGCGGUACCCGAGAGUAUAAAUGCGAUUGUGGUACCCUCUUCUCAAGGAGGGAUAGCUUCAUCACGCAUAGGGCUUUUUGUGAUGCGUUGGCAGAGGAAAGUGCGAGAUCUCAGCCUCAGACUGUUGCAAAGGCUAGUUCCGAGUCAGAUUCGAAGGCUGUAACCGGUGAUUCGUCGCCUCCCGCGGCUGCGGCUGCGGCUACGCCUCCACCGCCUUCUGCACCGCCAGCUAGUUCUAAGUCAAACAGUGUUGUUGUAUCGUCGUCUGUUUUGCAGACACCAAAUCCAGAGUUGCCAGAAAAUUCCCCACAAGUCAUAGAAGAACCGCAGGCCAAUCCUGCUGUGAGUGGAAGCUGUAGCGGCACCAGUACCAGUACCAGCACCACUAGCUCAACAAGCAACAGCAAUGGUGGUGCUAGCAGCAGUGUAUUUGCAAGCCUGUUUGCUUCAUCAACAGCAUCCGCAACUGCGAGCCUCCAAUCUCAAACUCCAGCAUUCACUGACCUAAUCAGGGCCAUGGGGCAUCCUGAUCAUCCAGCAGACCUCUCACGGCCUUCAGCUUCGGAGCCCAUUUCUCUGUGCCUUGCUACCAAUCACGGGUCAUCCAUUUUUGGAACAGGAUUGCAGGAGUGCCGUCAAUAUGCCCCACCGCCACAGCCAGCCAUGUCUGCUACUGCUUUGCUGCAAAAAGCCGCCCAAAUGGGUGCAGCUGCUACAAAUGCCUCUUUUCUUCGUGGAUUAGGCAUAGUGUCUUCUGCGUCAACCUCAUCAGGUCAGCAAGAUAGUUUACAAUGGGGUCAGCAACCAGGGGAACCGGAGGGUGCCUCAGUUCCAGCAGGUCUUGGACUCGGGCUUCCCUGUGACGGCAGCUCUGGACUAAAGGAGUUAAUGAUGGGGACUCCCUCUGUGUUUGGUCCAAAGCAGACCACCCUUGAUUUUCUCGGGCUGGGAAUGGCCGCUGGGGGCAACCCCGGUGGAGGCUUAUCGGCACUCAUCACCUCAAUUGGUGGCAGUCUGGAUGUUACUGCUGCAGCAGCAGCAGCAUCCUUUGGUAAUGGAGAAUUCCCUGGCAAGGAUAUUGGGAGGAGUACUUGAUAUUUUGGGUGCAAGGAGCCAAGAACAAUAUUUUUCAGGGCGAGAAGUUCUGGUUUGUACAGUUAUAUGGUGCCUUGUACAAUGUGAAGUUGCAGUUCAAUUGGGGGAGGAUUAGUAAGAUGUAGUAAUGCUCAUAUUGAGCAGUGCCACAAGCAGUGCGCUUAAAGGGUCCUUUGGGAUUAUCUGAUGCAUCUAAUGUGAGGGGAAAAGAAUGUAUAUUUAUUAUUAUAUUAAACAAAAGGCACGGAGAGCCUUCUUUCCAUGAGUAAUGGCACGAGUUACAAUAAUAUGUAUGCUAUGGACCACUGGAUCUGAUGAAUUAAGAUGUUGUGCAAAAGGUUGAAAUUGAUGUUGGGUUGGUGCAUAUACAAGACUACUAAUAGAGAUCUUUUUGCUUCUUGGCCAUCUACAGUUUUGAAUUGAUCAAGCUGUGAAUUAAUUCCGAUGUUGGAUGAUUUGUUUGGUCCAUAGCUGUAGCUUGUAGACAUAAAUCAGGAAACUUUGAUGUUUUCUUUUACUGUUAGCAGUAAAUGGCUAGUUGAAUAUUUAUCGCGAAUAUGCAUUGUCAUUAUGUUGUGAAGGAAUGUAUUCCAUUGAAGUUCAAAAUUUUCCCCA